AUGAAGCGCACGGCCUCAAACGCUGGCUCACCUCCACCCCCAAGCGCUCCUCCCAAGCCCAAGAAGCCUCGAGCGCCUCGCACGAAGAAGCCCAAGAAGGGCACCACCGCAGGAGGCGACGCCGGCUCUCCUCCGCCGUACGGAUCCGCCGCAGCUUCACCAGUCGGCGCAUCUAGUCCACCAGCAUACGCCGACUCGCCCGCUGCGUUCGGCGGAGGCGGGAAGCGCGAGCGCAGUGCAAGCGUCGCUGAUGGGAUCGGGAAGGGGAAGGAACGCGCUGGGACAGCCGGUGCGGACGUGGAGGCUCAGGGAGUCGGACUUGCUGUGACUGGGCCGGACGGCGAGGAGCAGGAUGCGGAGGACGAGGUGUUCGAGUUCUCGGACGACGAGUUCGGCUCGAACCAGCGCGAGGUAGCGAAGCAGAAGGAGGACUUGCGAGUCCUGCUCGAGCACUUUGACGAGCAGCAGAUGGACCGCUACGAGGCGUACCGUCGAAGCGGUCUCACCAAGUCGAGCGUACGGAAGCUCGUCAACCAAGUCCUCCAGCAAUCCGUCUCUCCCUCCAUCCUCACCGUCGUGCGCGGUUUCGCCAAAGUCUUCGUCGGUGAAAUCGUCGAGAAAGCCCGCUCCGUCUCCCAACACCCCGGCCCGCUCACACCUCGCGACCUGCGAGAAGCGUACCGACUGUACCUGGAGGAGCACGAAGGAGCCGGUGCAGGCGGGUCGACGCAGAGGAAGAAGUUGUUCGUCAAAUGA